UCAUCCCAUCGAAUACAUCCAAUGUGAUCUCGCAGAUCCUCAUCAAACACAUUCUGAACUCUCCCAACUGACCGAUGUCACACACAUCUUUUACGUCAUUUGGGCCAGCAAGCCCACGGAAGUAGAAAGCUGCGAGGCCAAUGGCAACGUGUUUCGAAACUUGUUGGAUGCUGUGAUCCCAAAUGCGCCAAAUUUGCAGCACAUAUGUUUGCAAACAGGUCGCAAGCAUUAUAUUGGUCCAUUUCAAAUGUGGGGAAAAUUUGAGCCUCGUGAGCCUCCGUUUCAUGAGGACUUCCCAAGGCUGAACGUGCCCUGCUUUUACUACACCUUGGAGGACAUUUUGUUUUUGGAAGUGAAGAAGGAGGGGUUGACAUGGUCAGUGCACAUUCGCCGUAUAGCUUGAUGAACACAGUGGGGACUUUUUGCGUUUAUGCUGCGAUUUGUAAGCACGAGGGGAAGAAGAUGCUGACGUUUCCUGGGAGCAGAGGAUUUUGGAACGGGUACUGGGAUGCCCCAGAUGCUGAUCUGAUUGAGCAUGAGAUAUGGGCAUCAGUUGAUAUUUAUGCCAAGAAUGAGGCUUUCAAUUGCAGCAAUGGGGAUGUGUAUAAGUGGAAGCAUUUGUGGAGGGUUUUGGCAGAGCAGUUUGACAUGGAGUUUGAGGACUUUGAUGAGGAUGACGACGGCUGAUCGAGGCCGAGCGUGGAGGAGAUGAUGAAAGAUAAGGGCCAGUGUGGGAUGAGAUUGUGAGAGAGAAUGGUCUGGUGCCUACAAAAUUGGAAGAGAUUGGGAAUUGGUGGUUUGUGGAUGUCAUGUUUGGGGUAGAGUCAAGUGUGGACAGUAUGAACAAGAGCAAGGAGCAUGGCUUUGUGGGGUUCAGGAACUCAAGGACAUCAUUUGUAACUUGGAUUG